GAAAAUUGAAGCAACGUUGAUAGUAUGGUCCUUUUCCUACCAAUCUUGCUAUCGCUAGCAAGCUUAGCUCAGGGAUCUGUAUUUUUGCGUCGUCCUCCUUUACAAUACACCCCAGGAAAUAGCCUUGAUGAAUGUGAGCAACGUUUCCCAAACAAUAAGUAUAAACUAAAGCAUAUACCAGCGGCAUACGGCGGGAAACGAGCCUUUGCAGGACAGUUUCAACACAUGGCCGCGAUCGGGUGGAUAAGAACGUAUUACAACGCAUACCCAACAAUCGAUUAUCUUUGUGGAGGCAGUUUAAUAACUUGGAAGUUCGUUUUAACAGCCGCUCAUUGUUCUGCUGACGAAAACAACAUUCCUCCGGAUACAGUACGAUUGGGAGACACAAAUCUCGCCAGCUACGAGGAUGACAGUACUACGAUAUUGCCGUUGUUGAACUCUGGCAAUACGUUGAAUCAAACAUAGCAAUUUGUGUUGCGUGUCUGUGGCGUGAACCAGACGCUCCGGGAGACCUGAUGGACGCGGUGGGCUUUGGUGCUACGGA